AACACUGCAGGGGGGUGGGAGCAGGGGAGGGGCCCCAGCUAUAUGGGCAGACUGGCAGACUGACACUGAUUGACGCUGGCUGACACUGACAGGCUGUCUACUAGCCACCUGGGCAGCUAGCUAACAGACCAACAGACUGACAGGUCGACAGAGAAGGAAAGAUAGUCGUGGGAACACCAGCCCACCACACACACACACCCAAACCUGGAGGGGAAGCAGCAACCGGAGCCGUACCACGGAUGUGCAACAUUAUCCCUACAUACGCACAGGCCGAUGGUGCGUUCGUGACGGGGGAAGAAACCAUGGGAGUGCUCAUCUCCACUUUUACUCAACCUCCCUGCUCUUGCUUGCUGCUGCUGCUGGCAGGUAGGUAGGUGGUAGGCAGGCAGGUGGUGGUCCCACGGCAGGCCUUCCUCUUCCUUUUCUCCUUCCCCCCUUGUAACCCCCCUCCUUGACCAUCCCCCAAUCUCACCCAUUUUCCGAGCACAUGGCGGAGGGAUGACACCAGCGGGGCUGCAACCAAACCGCACUUGUGCUGCCUCCUGCACCGCACUUGCUGCCCCAUUUGACCCAUACAGCUGUGCCCAGGUCCUUCUGUGCCUUCUGGUGCCUCUGCCAGGCCUGCCACCCUGGCUCUCUCGUGAUUUAAGAUCGGCCCAACAGCAACAGCCGACAGCCAACUCACAAUAGUCUACCUGCGCAAAGAGAUCUGCUAUAUCUACCCAUCCUUGUUUCCCCACUACUCGCCUCUCCCCUGUGCCCAUGCUCACUGCAUGUUACCGUUCUACUGGGCUCACCCUCCUCCUUCUCGUCCUCGGCCUCCUCCCCCAAAUUCCUGACACACACUCUUUUUCACACACUCAAGACUUUCUGACUCUCUCCACACAUAUUCUCACACACACACACACACACCUUUUCCUCGUCCCGCCCCUGCAGGCCUGUAGCCCCCCAGACAGAUAUGCUCACGAAACUGGCCUUGGCUACCGCAGCCCUGGCCGCAGUCCUCCUCUUUAAUCGUCUUCUCGCCUUGGUCACCAGGAGUUCAAAGUCCAGGGCGCUACCUCUGCCACCUGGCCCUACCGGGCUGCCUGUCAUCGGCAAUGUCCACCAGAACCCAAAGAACCACGCCUGGCUCCAGUGGCACGAAUGGAGCAAGCAACAUGGGCCAAUAAUAUACCUCAACAUGCUUGGCCAGCCCAUUGUCGUCCUGCACUCCGCCAGGUCCGCCCAAGACCUCCUCGCCCGGCGCGGGGCCACAUAUUCGGACCGGCCGCGCCUGGUCCUGGCCGGAGAGCUGGCUCUCAAGGGUCUGCACCUGGUCCUCAUGCCAUAUGAUGCCCGUUACAAAUUACACCAGAGGCUGGAAGCCCCUCUCCUCUCCCCCCGGUCCGCCUCAUCCUACCAGCCCAUACUGGACCUGGAGACCAGGCAACUCCUGUUCGACAUGCUCACCUCCGCUAACUCGCCAUGCGGCGUCGACUACCACCACAUGCUCGGGCGCACCAUGGCCUCCCUUACUUAUGCCCUCAUGUACGGCUACCGUCUCCCCACCGGCCAUGAGCCCGAGCUCGUCCGCGCUCAUGCCAUCAUGAAGGAGUUCGCCGAUAUGAUGUCCGGCAACAACAUCGUUGACAUUUUGCCGUGGCUCGAUAAACUUCCCAUCCCAUGGCCAUGGAGGGCCAAGGCCGAGAGACACUGGCUGGAGCAGCGGGACCUCCAUUUCACCAACCUCCGACGCGCGAGGGCCAACCCGGGCUGGAAUUUCACCAAAGAGAUGGACGCCAGCGCCGAGACCAAGCAGAUGAGCGAGGAGGAGUUCGCCUUUGACGUUGGAAUCCUGGCCGACGCCGCCCUGGAAACGACCGUGCUCACCGGCAACUGGUUCAUCGUGGCAUGGCUCACCCAGAACAAGAAGUCCGGCUUCGUAACAAAGGCCCAGCGCCUACUGGACGACGUGGUCGGCAGGGACCGUCUGCCAACCUUCGCCGACAGACCAAACUUGGUAUACAUCGACGCCAUCGUGGAGGAGGUGCUGCGCUGGCGGCCCAUCGGCAUCACUGGAAUCCCACACGUGACCAAGGUUGAGGAUCAGUACGAGGGCUACCGGAUUCCCGCGGGAACUAUGGUGUUUGCGAACCAGUGGUCCAUCACACGCGAUCCAGCCACCUUUGGCCCCGACGCGGACGACUUUGUGCCGGAGCGGUGGCUCGCAGACGCUGACUGGAGUCACUGCGGGCCGGGGGACGUCAAGGCCAAGCCCAAGUCAGACGGGGCCGCGCCUCUGAAGGAUAUACCGUCCACGGGGUUCGGUUUCGGGCGGCGCGUCUGCACGGGUCAGCACAUCGCGCGCAACCAGCUGUGGCUGCAGGCCGCGCUGCUGCUGUGGGCUUUCAACCUCGAGGGAGCAGUGGAUCCACAAUCGGGCGAGCCCGUCGAGGUCGACCCCUGGGCCAUGGCGGAGUCGCUCAUCAUCAGGCCUUUACCUUUCAACGCCAUUUUUAAGCCUCGGGGCCCCUGGGUGGAGGAACUGGUCAUGAGGAACUGUGAUGUCAACAAGGAAGACUUUGUCGAGCUGCUGGACAAUAUCGGCAGGGAUAGAGCGCGGUGGCAGUAAACUUGAGUGGUGAAUGGGGCUCGCUGCUUGGCUCAUCUACAUCCUAAAUCCUAAUUUGCCCUGCGCUUUUCUGGUCUGUUGCUGCGCGCAAAGUUGUGAACGGAUGCGUGCUGCCUGCUUUAGAACAGCAUCUGUCGCAGGCCGCUGAGGCCACUGAGUGUUUUGUUUGGCUCUGAUGUUUAGUACCCCAAUUCGUCUGUGCCUAUUCAAUGCUUUUGAUUUUCACGUGUGACGACCCUUUUUAUUUUAACUACGAAAUCUACACUGAUGCCAGUCGUUAUGCUCUCGGGCUGUUUCUUUUUGGGUUUAUAUCCAUUUGUGCAAGCCUACCCUCGCC